ACAAACUUUUAUAAAAGUGAGCUUUUCGCGUAUUUCGCAUUUCUUGCGUUUUGCAUCAAAGUAUCACUCCAUUCACCAUGGAUGAACUUCCAAAGGACCAAAUCAACCUUCUGAAAAAAGCCUUCGACACCUUCGAUGUCGAAAAGAAGGGAAGCAUCGGCACCGUCAUGGUUGGUACCAUCUUGGGCAUGUUGGGCAUUCACACGACGGAAAAGAUGUUGGCUGAAAUUAUCGCAGAAGUAGAUGCCGAUGGUUCCGGUGAACUGGAAUUCGAGGAAUUCAUUACCCUCGCUUCCAAAUUCAUGGCAGAAGAAGAUGCUGAAGCUAUGCAAUCAGAAUUAAAAGAAGCAUUCCGUCUUUAUGACAAAGAAGGUAACGGUUACAUCACUACUGCCACCCUCAAAGAAAUCCUCCGAGAGUUAGACAGCAACCUCAGCAACGAAGAGCUCGAUGGAAUCAUAACUGAAAUCGAUACUGACGGUUCCGGGACCGUUGACUAUGAUGAAUUCAUGGAAGUGAUGACAGGUGGAGAUGAUUAAGUUAAAUUAUUUUUAAGUUUCAAAAUAUGUAAAUAAUAAAUCUCUUAUCUUUUA